CUUUCAUUUUGGAUUAGAAGGAAAUGGUGAAGGAGAAUGAUUCUCAACCUUCUUUGCUAUUCAUAUGUGGUCUCACACGAGUUCCACUUUGCACCAAAGCAGUAUAUAAACGAUACGGUUUGCAUUCAUUUCGAUUUUUAAAGUAUUCUCGUCGUUGCCUAGUCAACUGCAGCUUAACCCAUCGACAGCUGUUUUCUGUGGCUCCUAUGAUGGACGUUACAGACAAGCACUUUAGAAAUCUUGCCAGAAUGAUUUCUAAGCAUGCAGUUCUUUAUACAGAAAUGAUAGUGGACAACGUUAUCAUUCAUAGCGACGGAGAAAAGCGCAGAAGAAUACUCGAUUUUGACAGUGCUCAGAGACCUCUAUGUUUGCAAAUAGGCGGUUCCGACCCAAGUAAAGUGUCAAAAGCUGUACAUAUUGCGCACAAAUAUUUCCGUUAUGAUGACUACAACUUGAACUGCGGUUGUCCCUCGGAUAAAGUUAGUUCUCAAGGUUGUUUUGGUGCUAUUUUAAUGAAGCAGCCAGAGAAAGUUGCUAGAAUUACUUCUCGAGUAGCAGAAACAGUUGGAAAACCAAUGACAGUAAAAUGCCGUAUUGGGGUUGAUCAUCACGACUCUUAUGAAUUCUUAUCCAAUUUUAUACAUGUUGUAUCUACUUCAGGUCAUGUGAAUCACUUUAUUAUCCAUGCCCGAAGUGCUUGGCUGUCUGGACUGUCACCCAAAGAAAAUCGUUCAAAACCUCCAAUCAAAUAUGAAUAUGUUUACCGACUGACAAAGGAUUUUCCUCACUUAAAGUUUACGUUGAAUGGGCAAGUUUCCACUUUGAGCGAUGUCGUCAUGCAUCUUUCGAAAGGCGUGGAAGGAGUAAUGUUAGGAAGGGCUGUAAUGGAAAGACCUUGGAAUAGUCUAAGACUUGUAGACUGCAUAAUCUAUAAUGAUUUUAGUACGCUGAUUCGUAGAAAGUAUGUCGUACAAAAAUAUCUUGAGCAUAUUGCACAGUAUGAAGGUCAUGCUUCUCGCUAUCUUUUAGUGAAACCUGUUCUUCAGUUAUUUGCUGGAGAAAUGAAUUGUCGUAUCUUUAGAGCCAGAUGCGGAGAGUGUCUGCAACAGGGUCAUUCUGCUUCUGAUUCCAUUCGAUAUGCAUUGAAUAUAUUACCACAAUCAGUUUUAGAGCAAGAAAGCUGGAAUUCAGAAGAAUUGCUUGCCUUCAAAGACAUUCAGGAGAGAGUUACAGUGGCUAAUUGAUGUCUCAAUUUUAUUCAGACAGUGUCCAACGGACAAUCGUUAACCGG